AUGGGCAAGAUGGACAAUAAUGAGCAUGGGAAAAAUCGAAACUGUGAUGUGCGGGCGGAGGACGGUCGGUGUGUGAACUGCGUUGACAUCACCCCCUUCAUCGACAACCUGCCCUUUGGCAAGUCCACCGACCAGUUCACCACCCCGGACGCCUCGGGGUCUACGAGCCAGGCCACCAACAUCGUCGAGGCCCUCGAAGCGGAGAAGGAGCCGAUCACCCCCUUCAUCAGCCGGGUUCGCGCGCUGUACGAGACGAUGAGCGUGUCAUCCAUCCUGGUCAUCGGGGGGUGCGGCGACUACUUCGAGGUGGCCGACACGGUCAUCAUGAUGGACUGCUAUGUGCCCAAGGACGUGACCGCGGAGGCGAAGCGGAUCGCGGCGGACGAAACCGUCGGCGGCGGCGGCGGGGUGAAGCGGCACAAGACGUUCCACCUCGCGGGGGGCGCCAGGGUGCCCCAGGCCAGGACCUACGCGUCCCGCGGGAAGGUGGUGGCGAGGUCGAAGGACAAGAUUCAGUACGGCGACGUUGACAUCGACCUGGGCGGUGUGGAGCAGCUGGUCGAGACGAGCCAGACAAGGGCGGUGGCAGACGCGUUGGACAUGCUGGCAAGGUCUGCUAUGGCGAGGAAGCUCCCCGUGAAGGACUUGCUGGACUUCUUGGAAGCCGAGAUGGACGCUAAGGGCCUGGACGCCCUCAUGCCGGGCGCGUUCAUGGCAAAGUACGCCAGGCCGCGGCGAUUCGAGGUGGCGGCGGCAAUCAACCGUUACCGAGAAGGGAAGGUGGAGCAGAACGGAUGACCGACCGCGGGUCGGCUUGACGGGACUGGACCGGACCCAUCGGACGGAUCGCCGGAAAACGUUCGCCAAAUCCUCGGAACCGCAAAAGGGGAAGCAGUGCUGCUUGUGAACACACGUACAUGAGCGUCCGUUUUGGUUUGUGUACGAGGAGGUCUCGAGGAU